AAAGGAGGAAGUCAUGGGUUGUUAUGAGUGAAGCCAGAAGGAGAGCUGCUUCGUUCUCCAUUUUUAGCCAUGUCGCUGUACAAAAACUGUUUGUUUUUGCUAUUUUUACUGAUCGAUAUUAACGCUUUCGUGUCUGGCGACGUAAACUUCACCGCUUCAGAAGCAACGAACCAACUGAAGCCGACGCUGAGCUCUUCUGCUGCUGGUGUUGUUAACUCUGCUGUGUUUAAGCCCUUUGUGGACUCUGUGUUCUCCCUCAGUCUGUUGUCUUCCUUCCCAGAAGACCUGGAGAUCAGUGACUACUGCGUCGAGCUGCUCAACGUAUUCGGCCAGCGCUAUGUGGACUAUGUGAAGUGUCUGGUUCCCGCUGCUCGACCUGUCAGGGUGUGUCAGAACUGUUUCUCCACUUAUGGCAAACUGGUGGACACCUACCAGAACAUCUCAUCAGACCAGAUGGGUCCUGGUAACGUGAGCUGCAGGGACAGCCUUCUGCGCAGUGAUCGCCUGAUGCUGGUUUACCAGCUGUACAGCAACCUGGAAGAUCUGUGGCUGAAAUCUGACUGUGAUCAUUGUGUCACUGAAAAGUUCCAGAGCCUAACCAACGCCACGCUGUACUUCAUGACUACUCUCAAUCAAACUAUCACCUGCUUUGAUAAGUAUAAAGAGGGGAACCAUACAGAGCUGUGCAAAAACUGUAAGAACACAUACAGAGGCCUGAAUGAGCUGUACGGUAAAAUGGAGAAGAAUCACACUCUGUGUAUUGACAUAGAAGAUGCGAUGAAUAUGACCCGCAAACUGUGGAGUAAGAAUUUCAAUUGUUCCUUCCCUCGUGAAGAGACGGUGGCUGUCAUUGCUGUGUCCAGCUUCAUGCUCUUUCUGCCCAUCAUCUUCUACUUGAGCAGCUUCCUUCACUCUGAACAAAAGAAACGCAAGCUCAUACACCCCAAGCGAGCGAAGUCAUACAACAGUCUGAUGAACAUUCAGGACAAACUGAGCUGAAGUGGCGACUGAAAUGGAGGACAGCUUUCUUUUGUUAACAGUUACAACCUGGGAGGACAUUUGUCUUCUCGCUGCCUCAGGUUUGACUGACUGCCAUGAAUGCAAAGGACUCCACAGCAGACCUGUCCUGCUGUUAGGAAGCUGUUAGGAAGCUGCGACACCAAACAGUAUUCAGAGAACUUCAAGGAUGUAAAUAAGUUUAACAGAAAGUGAAAUGCACCAGCUUUGUAAUGCACCUAACAGGUUUCGGGGCCCAUUAAACAUUUACUUUCGCGUCCUUUUAAAACCUUUUUCUCAAAAUGUAGUCAUUGAUGUUGAGACACAAAUGCAGAAUUUAGAUUUUUUUUUUUUACACAACGAACAUUUCAAAUAUUUGAAUCGCUAUGAAGCGGGACUAGAGUUAACGUACAUCUAACUCUAUAAACUUCUCAUCAGAUUAUUUAUGUUGAACGGUACACUUUUAAUCUUCAGACAGCGCUGGCCUUUCCUUCCUUUUUAACUGAACAGUUUUCAGUGUAUCCUGCUGUCACUAGAAAGAGCGAGUGGCUUGAAUGUAGUGUGUGUGUGCGUGUGCGUGUGUGUGUGUGUGUGUGGGUGUGUGUGUGUGUGUGUGCGUGUGCGUGCGUGCGUGUGUGUGCUAUUUAUGGAUUGAGAAAUGGGUUUUCUGCCUCUAAUGUAUGUCCAGGAAAAAGCUGCAAAAAGGAAGCACUUGAUGUCCAUUAGUGGUGACAUGUAUCUGCUGUAAGAAGAGGGGGUGCACAUCAGCCGGGUGGGGUAAAUAAAGACAUAACACAUGUAAUGUAAGAGCACUCCGAAGUACCACACUGUGAUGUUACCUGUUUUCUAGUCAGUGUUUUUUUUUUUUUUUGUGGUUGCAUAAAGCUUUUAAUACGCUUUGUUGUCAUUUUCCACUGAUGUUUAACUUAGUUUGUUAAGGCUUUCUGACUGCUCAUUAUACUGAAGACUGCUUUAGCAGUGAUGAGUGAUGAAUCUGCUGUGAAGUAAUGUAAACCUUAAUUUUGAAUGCGUGAGCCUAAAUAAACAAUUUCAUGUCAUGAA